UUAGUAACCGGAUUUAUUUGUCUCUGUAGAGAAGGAGUGUGUCUGUGGUGUUGCUGGUAGCGCCUCGCUGUUCUGCGCAGGGUGUUUUGGUUUGUCUGGCCAGCAGGCUGCACGGAGGCUUUAACAUAAGCUGUCAUGCUGUACCGCUAUAAUCAAUAUGCCAAUCAACGUGAUGCUGUACGAGGCAGCUUUUAAACCCAGAUCGAUCAGCUUUGAUCAUGUGAUUUCAUAAUCGCAGGAAGAGGUGUGUGUGUGUGUGAUGGAGGCCCUGUUAAAUGAGUGGCUGUGGCAGGAGGAGUACUGGCUUCCUCCCGGCAUCCGCUGGGACGACAUCAAGAUGAAGGAGGACGAGGGCCGCUUUCCUCUACCCAGGGAUCUUAUCUACACCUUGCCACUAGCCUUUGCCUUUAUAGCCCUCAGAUAUGUCUUUGAGAGGCUCAUCGCCGUCCCAUUAAGCAAACGUUUAGGGGUGAAGGACCGGAUUCAGAUUCGAGCCGCGUCUGUCCCAAAGCUGGAGAGCUUCUACAAACAGAACAGUCGGCAACCGUUGCAAAGUGAGGUGGUGAGCUUGGAGAAGCAGUGUGGACUCUCCCAGAGAAAGAUCCAGACCUGGUUCAGACACAGAAGGAAUCAGGACCGACCCAGCAACACCAAAAAGUUCUGCGAGGCCUUCUGGCGUUUUGUCUUCUACCUCGUAGCGUUCACUGGAGGGCUCGGCUCUUUAAUCAGUACUCCAUGGUUCUGGGAUCACAGAGAGUGUUGGAGGGGUUAUCCCAAACAGCCCGUGGCUGAGGCUCAUCACUGGUAUUACAUCUUGGAAAUGGGCUUCUAUGUGUCACUGCUUCUGUGUGUCUCUGUGGAUGUCAAGCGAAAAGAUUUCAAGGAGCAGGUAAUUCAUCACAUCGCCACCAUAUUCCUCAUUGGUUUCUCCUACUGUGGCAACUAUGUGAGGGUUGGCACUCUGGUGAUGCUGGUGCACGACUCUUCUGACUUUCUUCUUGAGUCUGCCAAGAUGUUUCACUAUGCUGGCUGGACGAGGACGUGUGACUCACUGUUUGUCAUCUUCUCUGUGGUCUUCCUGGUGACGAGGCUGGUGGUGUUACCUGGCAGAGUGCUCCACACAACCCUGGUGGUGUCUCUAGAAUUCUUCCAGCCCUUCUGUGCUUAUUAUUUCUUAAAUACGCUUCUGUUAGUGCUGCAAGUUCUGCACAUCUUCUGGGCUUAUCUCAUCCUGCGCAUGGUCUACAAGUUUGUGUUCCUGGGCAAGGUGGAGCGUGAUGAACGUAGCGAUGAGGAGAGUGAGGUGGAUGAUGAAGAGGAAGAACCUGAGGAAGAAGGGGACGAGUGCAGCUGGGAGCAAAGAAAGGGUGCAAUUAACUCCAAACUGGCAUCGCUGGCUAACAACUGUGUCCUGAACAACCUGACCAACCAGAGGAAUAGAAACAGCACACUGCCCAAAGCCAGAUAAUGUAAAAGCUCCACAUCUACCAAGCCCCACUGGGGAAAAAAGUUAUUUCCCUCACCGCCUAUUGGAGAUUAACUCAUAUCUGACAUAUCUAUACAUACAUAUAGCUUGUGCACAUCCAGAAUGGUCCAUUGAUGAUUUCAGAUCAGAGUAAGUCUGCAUCCUGCUUACCCUGAAAAAACAAGGGCGAAAAAGCACAGAUGAUUGCAAAUCUACACACUCAGUGUGAGAUUAGGGAGAAACGCCCUUGUUACUGUCACCCAUAACACUGCAUACUGUAAAAAUAUAUUUGGCAAAACAAGGAGACAGUGAAAUUUCCUUCACAACUAAUCACGUGUGUUGUUUUUGCAGAUUUGGUAUGCUGUUUCUUUUUAUUGUACUACAAUAACUUGUUUGUUAAUACAUACGGAUGCAAAUACCUGGACUGUGUUAUAAUGCAUUUAUCCUUUCUAUCCUUUCUUCAACAAGAAAAACUAAAUGUUUUUUAUACAAAAUCAAACUGUUCUAAUCAAAUAAUGUGGUAUGUUUUAAACAGAGCAAACUAAAGCUAGAAUUUAAUAGUAAUUCACUCCCACAGCUUUGUAUCCACAGACAGUAUGGUUGAUUGUACAUAGACUAAUAAAAACUUUGAUUGUAGUAAAUCUGUUGGUAAACCACUUUAUAUAUCUAUUUUUUAUGAACUGUUUACUCAGCAGGUCAUUUUUAUGUUGUUGUAAUCUGUGGCAGAAUAUAAAAGGCUACUGCAGAAGUCCCUUAGGGAUGAUGAAAUUAUAUUUUUCCGUGAUAGGAUGUGAUUUUGUUGGUUAUGUUUAAGCUCACUUCUUAGAAAAGAUAUGGCACCCCCUGGUGCACAAAAAAGAACAUAUCCUUGUAGAGAAAGCUCUCUCCAUGUUUGAUAAAAUGAUGCCUUUACAAAAAAUGUACUGCUCCUAGAAAUAUGUGUGUGUGUGUGUGUGUGUGUGUGUGUGUGUGUGUGUGUGUGUGUUUUGUUUCUUUUUCUACUUUGCAUAACAUUGUGACAGACAGCAUGAUUUAUCAACAAGGCUUUUGUUAAGGUUUGCUCUACAGGACUUUAGUUUUGUGCCUCGGCUGCUGUUUUUACACUAUUCUGUGACAAGUACUUGAUAUUAAGCUUUGUGUGUACGUAGGUUUACCUUUACUGGACAAACACACAGGCCAGGCAUUACUGUGACUAGUUGUAAUGUUUGGCUUGAAAUGUUGGUGAGGCUGGUAGGUAAGCUAUGAGAAGUAUGCACACACACACAUACACAAGUAUGAUGGGCAUUUGUAAAAUGUGAGGUAUUUUAGAUACUUGUCUACAAAGGUCAAAUGCUUUAAGCUCAGAUGAAGAAAUGUCUUACUGAAAUGUAAAGACUGAAAGAUCAUUGUAAAAGCUGAUGACUUAUUUUGAUAUGACUAGACUGUGCUCUACUACUUUACUAGGAGCAAGAGGUAAGAGAUUUUACAUGUAUUUAAACACAGUGGAAAAACUACAGUAUACUCAUGGUCAUUACCUUCCAAAAACUGGUAUUACAUUUUCAUAGGUUAGUAAGGGCAACUCUUUAAAAUAAGUGGUUGCUGUGUCCAAUCUAACCCGAUUUUAGUGUGAUGUGUGUUAAGUGUGAUGGGAGUGGAAGCAGGGUUAUGUCUGACUGUGAACAGGGACUGAAUAGCACUGAGGGGCCCACAACAUAAGGUGGGAUUUAAGCUGUAGAAUACUAAAAGGGCUGCUCCACUGAAUAACACACCCAUGACCCCCACUAGAAUAUUCCCUUUUUAAAAUUAAAAUUAGGUAUAAAACCAGGAGAAAUGUUGUUUCCAUGAAAGUAACACUUGACUGUUUUCUUCUGAGUGCACUAAGAUGCUUUUUGACUGUGUGACCAGUUGAAAUGUUUUAAUAAAUGACUUCUAUUGAA